GCCAUCUUCUCCCUCUGAAUCGCUCUCACCAUUUUUGGAACAGGUUUAUCAAUAACUAUAUCGAUAAACCAAUCCGACAUUGUCAUAUCAACAAAUCCCAUUUCCGUUUUUCUUGAAUUUGGAUUUCAAUCAUGACAAUUGGAGCAAAUGCUCUGUUUUUGCUUAUGGCAAUUGUACCAUUAGCUUUAGCUGGUGGGCAUGAUUAUGGUCAAGCACUCUCCAAGAGCAUUCUCUUCUUUGAAGCUCAGAGAUCCGGUUACCUUCCCGGUAAUCAACGCGUUAGAUGGCGAGGAAACUCCGGUCUACUCGACGGAAAAUCCAGCGGGGUUGAUCUGGUUGGAGGAUAUUAUGAUGCUGGGGACAAUGUGAAGUUUGGGCUUCCGAUGGCGUUCACGGUCACGAUGAUGUCGUGGAGUAUCUUAGAGUACGGUGCGCAAAUGGCGUCGAGUGGCGAGCUCGGUCACGCCAUGGAUGCUGUUAAGUGGGGGACUGAUUACCUCAUCAAAGCCCAUCCUGAACCUCAUGUUUUAUACGGAGAAGUGGGAGACGGUAACACGGAUCAUUACUGUUGGCAAAGGCCAGAGGAAAUGACGACUUCACGAAAUGCUUACAGAAUUGACGAAAACAAUCCUGGAUCCGACCUUGCUGGAGAAACCGCAGCUGCUAUGGCUGCGGCUUCUAUCGUGUUCCGUCGGGCCAACCCCGCCUAUUCAAGAGAACUCCUCAAUCAUGCCCACCAGCUCUUCGAAUUCGCUGACAAAUACAGGGGCAAAUACGACAGCAGCAUCUCUGUGGCCCAGAAGUACUAUAGAUCCGUCAGUGGAUACGCUGAUGAAUUACUUUGGGGAGCUGCUUGGUUGUACAAGGCAACAAAUGAGCCGUACUACUUGAAUUACUUGGGGGAAAAUGGUGAUAACCUUGGUGGGACCGGAUGGGCCAUGACCGAAUUUGGUUGGGACGUUAAGUAUGCCGGUGUUCAGACCCUUGCUGCAAUGUUUUUAAUGGGAGGAAAAGGCGGCGAUCACUCGCCAGUUUUAGGAAAAUACCAAGAAAAGGCGGAAAUGUUCAUGUGUUCAUGCAUGGGGAAGGCUAAUCACAAUGUUCAAAAGACUCCAGGAGGUUUAAUCUUUCGGCAACGAUGGAACAACUUACAAUUUGUCACAAGUGCAUCUUUCCUCCUCACUGUCUACUCCGACCACCUGACCGCUGCCCGCAAAAACCUGCAUUGUGCUUCGGGCAGUGUCGCCCCCUCAGAGCUUCUUGCAUUUGCCAAGUCACAGGUGGACUACAUUCUUGGAAACAACCCAAGAGCAACAAGUUACAUGGUUGGAUAUGGAAACCACUACCCGCAACAAGUUCACCAUCGCGGUUCCUCCAUUGUGUCAAUUAAAGUUGACCCGUCGUUUGUGAGCUGCAGAGGUGGUUAUGCUACAUGGUUUAGCCGAAAAGCAAGUGACCCAAAUCUCUUGACCGGUGCCAUUGUUGGUGGACCGGAUGCCUAUGAUAACUUUGCUGACCAAAGGGACAAUUAUGAGCAGACUGAGCCUGCUACAUAUAACAAUGCACCCCUUCUUGGAGUCUUGGCUAGGUUGAAUGCCGGUCAUUCUGCCCAUAACCAGCUCCUUCCAGUUGAAGUUCCUCUUCAUAAACCUAUUGCCGUUCAACCAAAGCACGCAUCUCCAUACGCAGCUCCUAUUGAAAUUGAUCAAAAGGCAACUGCUUCAUGGGUAUCCAAUGGAAAAACAUACUACCGAUAUUCGGCUAUAGUUACCAACAAAUCGAGGAGGACCAUCAGGAACUUCAAUCUAAACAUCUCGAAGCUCUACGGUCCACUCUGGGGUCUCACCAAGACCACAAGUGGUUCGUACGGGUUACCAGAAUGGGUUAGCUCAUUACCAGCUGACAAAAGCUUAGAGUUUGUGUACAUUCAUAGUGCUUCUUUCGCAGACGUCUCAGUUUCCGGCUACACAUUGGCUUAAAAGUAAAGAUUAAGUUAAACGUGACUGAUAAUCGAAUUCAAACAAACUCCGAUUUAUAGAAAAAGCUACUAAAAGGAAUUAAAGUAAUGGAUUUUCGGGUUUUUUUUUUCCGAUGUUUGAAAUAAGGUCUGAAGAAAGGAGCAAAGAGAGUACUCAUCAUCUUUCGUUAGAUCUUAAGUUUUUCUUUCUAACAUGGAAAGAGAGUGUCGUUAUGCGGUUGAGAGAGUAUACAAGACCUCUCAACCUGGUAAAAAGACAGAUUAGAGUAUGUUUUUUGCUUUUGUUUUUGUGUUUUUUUUUUUUUUUUACUUCAAAACAGGUUUGAAGUUGUCUGUUGUUUUGUCUUAUGCUGCUGUAAAUUUGCAAUAUUGAUAGAAUUUGUGUUCUGUUAUUUUAUUUUA